CUGAAUCCAGAUGAAGCUGGCCCCUUCUGUCCUCAGUUUCUGCUCACAUUCCCCUACCAGUGGCCCCCAGGGACCCAAACUGGGCAAUGAGUGUAGGCCACACGCCUUAUGUCCAUUUGCCAGGAACUGGCAGGCACUGCCGCUACAGCCCUAUAACAUCACAGGGGCCUUGGCGAUGUCUUUUCAGAGGACCCGGCAGCAGGGCUGUCAGCUGGGAACCAGGAGGGGUGUCUUGGCCUGAAACCAAGAACCAAAAUGGAGUUGGCCACGAGUAGCUGGAUCCCUGAAAAUCUACUCUAUCAGCUGCUGCACUUGUUACCAACCUCUGGACCCUCAUCAUGAAAGGCCUUCUGCUGGUCACCCUGUCGGCUCUGCUCUGCUGGGUCUCAGCUGACAUUCGCUGUCACUCCUGCUACAAAGUCCCUGUGCUGGGCUGUGUGGACCGGCAGUCCUGCCGCCUGGAACCAGGACAACAGUGCCUGACAACAAAUGUGUACCUCGGUAAGAUGUGGGUUUUCUCCAACCUUCGAUGUGGCACACCGGAAGAGCCUUGUCGGGAGGCCUUCAACCAAACCAACCACAAGCUGGGUCUGACCUAUAACACCACCUGCUGCAGCAAGGACAACUGCAAUAGCCCAGCCCCUCGGCCCACCCCAGCGCUGGCCCCUGUGCUCCUCGCCUCUGUGGCUGGCCUUGGCUUCUGGCUGCUGCACUGAGACUCACUCCGUGGCUGCCCCUCCUCCCACCUGCCUUAGGCUGCGUUUGGCCCUGUGUCUCCUUGUACCCCGGCUCCUUACACUGGUCUCUCCUUAACUCCCUUCACUCAGAAAAGCAUUUCUCCAGGCUCUUCACAUUUCUUUAAUUAGACAGUGGUCUCCCCACCCAACCUUCCACCUUACAUCCUCCACUCGGCUUUUCCCGAGUCCCUUCCCACACCCCUCUGGACCAUCCCAGACCCUCCACUCGUCCCCAGAAGAGCCCUGCACUUCGCGUCCUGCACUCUGCCGUGUCCGACUCGGGAGGGAUGGGGAUCUGGGCCUGAGAUUGGGCUUCUGUCCUGUCCCCUGUGAAGGCUCCCAGGAAGGACCUGAUGACCUCACUGUAUGGGGCUGAUUCCCCAAACCCUGGCCCCCAUACAUACCUCAUCCCCAUGCUCACGUCUUUGCGUUUUGAGUAAUAAAUGUCUGUGUCUGAUAAA